ACACACACGUCUUUUAGAUUCUAGUACUUAUGUUGUGUAUCCUGUGUGAAAGUGCUUUUGGUAACGUUGGACCACUUUUACAAAGCAUAGACAGGGCACAUAAUGGAGCCUUGGGUUUAAGUUCUGGUAACAUAAGGUCUGGAUUUGGCAUACAUGGUCGCUGAAUUCUCCCAUUUUUGGUGAAGCGUCAUCAUAAAAUAUCUGGUUGACAAAA